AUGUUUCUACAUGAUACUGUUCUGGGAAUUAUCUUCCUUUCUCAAACUGCAGUUGGGGUCCUAGGGAACUCCAUCUUCCUCUGGUUUUAUACAUUCAUUUUGUUCACCAACCAUAGGUGGAAGCCUAUGGACCCCAUUCUCACUCAACUUACUUUCACCAAUACUAUAGUGCUUCUCUCCCAGGGAUGCCCACUAGCAAUAUUAUAUUUCAGGAGAGGAUAUUUCCUGGGCAUUACAGCAUGUAAAAUUGUAUUUUAUCUUCAACGAGUCAGCCGGGGACUUUCCGUAUGUACCACCUGUCUACUGAACACCUUUCAGGCAGUCACCAUCAGUCCUAACAACUCUAGGCUGGCCAAACUCAAAGUCAGACUUCUGAAAUUCACCCUUCCCUCAUGUUUCCUCUGUUGGAUUAUCAACAUGAUCUUAGAAAUAAAUGUGCCAAUAUAUAUAUCAGAAUCAAGAAGCAGAAACAGUACCCACACAAGUGGAAUUCAUCUCCUUUAUUGCUACUGGGAAAAAAUUUUUAUGGAUAUUAUCAUCCUGCCUUCCCUUCGAGACAUCUUGUGUGUGGGAUGCAUGGUCUGUACCAGUGGCUACAUGGUAUUUCUACUGUACAGACAUCACCAGAGGGUCAAGCAUAUUCACAGCACCAGCCUCUCCUCAAAGACAUCUCCAGAGAUGAAGGCCACCCAAACCAUCUUGCUGCUAGUGAGCAUCUUUGUUUCUACUUAUGGCAUCAGCUGCGGCUUUAUACUGCACAAAGUGUAUAUGAUUCAUUCUGGAACUUGGAUGAUGAUUGUGAAUACAUUUAUUGUAUCGUGUUUCCCAGCCAGCAGCCCCUUUUUGCUGAUUCACAGAGAAAUCCAAAUCCCCAGGUCUUGCGGUGCUUCCUGGUGGAGGCCCUAUUCUCAGAACAAGUUAUAG